CUCAGACAAACUCCGCUGACUUAUGUUGAAGCACUACUUUAUAUUCGCAUUUCACCACUAAAGUUUUCUAUUGUUUUCCCAUAGAAACCGCAUCGACAAGUGGUUUUCAAAUCCAUCCUGGAUUACACCCCUGAUCUCGGGCUCACAGAACCAGGCAGAUCGACUCUGGCAGGUUGGUGGAUGGCGACAUGGAUUCGAGAUGACCGCCUUGUUGCCCUUGGACGUGUCGAUGUCUCUCAGAACCAGUUUGUACGCUAUCCGAACUCAAUUCCAUCCUCAGCGGGUGGAGUCAAUCCCGAGAACCCGCUAGGGGGAGUGUUCAGUGAUCUGCCUGCUGUUUCAAUCUUGGAUGCAAGUGAGCAACGAUUUCAGGAUCGAGAAAUUCAGGAAGUCAUCAAGCCUAACAUGCGGAUGAUCCAUUAUAUCUUGGGGAAGCUGAUGAACCUGGGGCCUGGCCAGUACAUUUUGGGGCACAAGAGGAACGAUAUCAAUGCUACUAUCUACAAGGCCGUGCAAGUGGAGGGAGACAAGACAGGCGAAUCAAUAACAGCAACAGAUGCGAAGGGAAAGAAGGGUGUAUCAUCUGCGAGUCGAGGACAGUACGACUUGCAUGCUGCACACGAGUUCUCACCACAGAUGCUGAGUGAGGUGGGCACGGAUGGCACAGGCGGAAACAAGAAGAGUGCCAAUAGUAACAUAUCAGUUGGCGUUGCUGACGAGGAUUUGCAGCUUCAAUGGAUUGGCACCCCAGACCAAAUCCCGGGCACCUUUCCUUACGACGAGCCCAAGCGAGGCAAACGGUUUCGUGGAGGCGCUAAAGCUGCAGCCAAGCGCCGUAAAAUUGGGAAAAUUGGGCACAAAUAAACCGAAAAAGCGUC